AAUGAAACGUUGGCCAUGAAGGAAUCUAAAGAAUGAAGCGCUUAUGUACGUCCGUUUGGCGUUUGCCGGCCCGUGCUAGGAACUGUGACUCCGAAGACUGACUCCGACUGAGUUAGUCUGUAUUUGCUGUUGAGUGGAGUAACGGAGAACUUUGGAAAGAAAUUGCGAGAGUAAAGUUAAAUCUUUGCCGUAAUGAUUGUCUACUCCCCCAAAGAAAAGGUUUAGUCUAAAGAUUGGUGGUCGCAAACACUAUGGAGGUAGGCCCAGGGGGAAAUGUGGAUGCUGCUGGACGGGGCAUUUCAACUACCAUGCUCUUGACAGAACUGGAUCGCUUCUUGAGCUUAGCAUUAGCUGCCACAGACAAGAGAGGUCAUAGUAGACGGGAUGGAAUAAGUGAGGGAGAUGAGCAGACAACAGCUGAAACAGCCCUUUUUUUGCUGCGGAACCUUCCACCUGCAAGACCUGCUGCCUUGGCCUUCUUAGCUCAUACUCUUUCUAGACAGGUGUCAUCGCACAUGCGUGGCUUCAGUGGAGGUGAAGGAUCUCGUAAACAAGAUACACAAGAGGAAGGGCUGUCUACUCAACUGGAGAGCCUCUUGAGUGAUUUAGUGGAAGCAACACCUGCUGUAUGGGGACCACUAGUAAGCCAAUGGGCUGUAGAGCAGUUAGGACGCUGGUCUGUGGAGUGGGCAAAUACUGUGGUAGGCAGAGGAGAUGCUACACUUGAGGAAGUUGUAGCUGGAUGGUUAUCUUGUGGACCUGCUCGUACUUUAGCUGCUUUGACUGUUGCUUGUGUUGCCCAUGACCCAGACACAGCUGUAGCAGCAUUAUUAGAUGCUAGUGCAGCAAGUGGGCCAGCUUUGGACUGGUUAGUAGCACACGUAGGUUGUUCAUUUCCUGCAACUGUUAUAAGUAGAGUCUUAUCCCUAGGACUCAGAAGUUUUGCCUCUUCUCAUGGUCGACCUCCAGAACAUCAGUUAGCAAGUGUCAAUAAGAUAUUGAGUCACUUAGCAGACAGGCAUUUAACUGAUAUAAGAAGAGGUCUACAUGGUAUCCUUACUCUAACAUUUGCGGGUACAUCGGAUUCGGAGGCACGUGCUGCUGUACCAUUUUUACUAUGUCUAGCGGUUUCGAGCAGCUCGCGUGCUGUACUCGCUGCCGUUACUUCUGGUUUAGAUACAUUGCUCAUGCCUAGUGACCGUCUAGCUGCAUUAGCUAAUCAAGUUAGCUGGUGGGUUCCACGGUAUUUUAAUUCACACGGACAGUUAUUGGAGAUGGUAGUUCAUUUAGUGUUGGAUACUGGAGGAUCAGCAGCCCCAUCAAUUUUGCACCUUUUGCUGCAGGGUGCAUCUCCAACACCAAAAUUACCGGGGUCAGUGACAGCAGCUGUAAAAAGAAUUUUGAAAGGUGUAGUGGGAGAGAUAUGUAUAGUUACAUACAUGAGAAGAGCGUCCGGAGCAAAUCGGAUACACAUUCCAUUUUUAGUUGGUCUUCGAGGUGGUGGCCUUGAUGGCAGUGAUGUAGGUAUAGCAGUUGGUGGAAGAGCUGUCUCCCCUGUUGCAAGUCUUGUGGAGGAAAUGCUUUCCAUCCCAGGUAACCAUACAGCAAUGGCUCAGUUAAAACAGUUGAUUACUCUUGUGGUAGUCCAACAAGGGCCUGCCACUGCCACAACUACUCUUGGCCACUUACUGCAGUGUCCAGCAAAAGAAAAAAUAAGUGGACACCAGCAAAUUUUGUCAGCAGUGAUUACAGCAAUUAUGGUACAUCAAAUAACACAGAGUACACAGGUACCUCCCCUGUCAGUGGCUCUUUCUGGAGCAUUUCAGCCAAAUACGGGAGGACCUACUCUACUGCUUGCUCUUAACAACUUGGAAAAUUUGUUAUGUCAAGGACAUAAAGAAAGAUCACAUAUAUACCCAGCACUUACAGAGGCACUCUUGAUAAACAUAUCUCAGUUAUCAGAGUUAAUAAAUAAUCCAAUUAUAGGUACAGCUGCAGUUAGAGUUUUGUGUCAGCUACCAAUUGAGAAGCCAAUAUCUGUCAGUCAUGUCUUACAUUUAAGCCAUGCUAUAGUUUUCUAUUUUUUCAGCAGUCUUCAUGAAGUAAGCUUAAGUAAAAAAAUAUCUUCCAUUGGGCGUUGCCAGAGAAUACUGGCUCAGCUUUCAAGAUCAUCACUUGCUCUUAACUUAAUUAUUCGGCUUCUUGUUGAAGGUGUCUUCAGACCAGAGUAUUCCUACUUGUUUGGGGCUCAAAAGCAGGCAACCUUAGAAAUGAAAGAAGUAACAAGUGAGAAACUAAUCAAAGCUAAUAGACAGUUUGACUCAUGGGUUAAGGUUCCCUUGUCACACACAAGUAUUUUCCACAUGGGCAUCAUUGGCAAUGGUAGAUAUGUUCCACCAAGACCUACUAAACCUCUUGCAAAGGAUGUGGUCAAGCUUCAUAUACAGUUGAUUCUCAAUACAUUAAGUAUUUGUUGUGCUGCUCAAGCCAAUGGUGAAGGAGCUUCUACUAUAGCACUACUAUUAGUUGAACUUCUGUCUCCUGACAUCAUGUUUAAUGGUUUUCCUUGGCCUGAGGAGUAUAUUAAAUUUACAUUUGAAAGGGAUUUAGCUAUAAAAAAGGCUUUUGAUGAAUAUCCCAUUGCAUGGGCUCUGCUGGAGUUAGUAGCUGCUCGACGAGCAGCUCUCAGUUAUUGCUCAGUGUUGGUUCGAGCGCUUACUGCUGCUUUGAUUGCAUAUUGGAACACUUCUCCAUUAUCAGUUGCACAGCAAGCUCCAGAGGCUCUGGAGGCCACCCAGUAUUUAUUGGAAGUCAUGGUCACAGCUCAGUUCCUUCCAGGACCAUUUAGAGUUUUACCACAGAUGGUAGAUGCUUUAGCACCAUUUGAAAUUGUGUGCAUUCUCCAAGAUGUGUGGGUAUAUAUGCGAGAUCAUACACCUUCACCAGAUCGCUGGUUAGAGCUUCCAUCAGGCUUUCAUCAACGUGCACCAGAACCACGUCUGGCUCCCUGUUAUACAGAGAGGAUAAAGAGAAUCAUUCAGUCAAAUGUGUCAACACUAGGUUACCUAAUGUCUGCUAUGAUAAGUGCUGAACAAGAUUAAUAUGUACUCAUAAACUUAUGAAAGUGUAGUAACAGAAAUAUCAAUAACUUCCCUGUUCUUUAUUUUAUUUAACCAUACACAGAAAACAGCUAAUGAAAAUGACAGGAAAUGUUUAUAUUUUAUAUAUGUAUGUACAACAGUACUCGGUAUAAAAGAACAUACUGAGAACUCCGUGGUAAAUAAAAACAAAAGUAAAGCCUA